GAAAGAAACAACCAAAGCGAUGAACAGGAUUACGGAGGCGUCUCCCCUUUCAGCGAAAGAUAAAACUUCUUUUGCAUACCUAACCAUAAAGGACAGGCUUCCUGUGAUCUUGUCCAAGAUUGCAGACAGUGUUUACAGGUUAAAGGGAAAAAUUAAAGAGUCACAUGGUGAGGAAGGGACAGAAGAUUUGAAAUCACUUGCUGGCUAUAUUGCAAAGCUACGGAAUGAAGUUCAAACUGACAAACCUGUAGUUCCGAUCCAAGAUGGCCGCACUGAUGUAUCAGUAUGGAAUGAUUACCUGACGGAAAUUAUUACAAACACAGGAACCCCUCCAAGAUGGUUUGAGUCACCAUGGCUGUAUGUAGAAUGCUAUAUGUAUCGCAGAGUUCAAGAGGCAGCAGAGCUAUGCAAAACAUUGAAGGAUUUUGAUGUGUUUCGUGAUCAGAAGGAGAAAUCGUUUUUUGAUUCUCAACAAGCCAUACUUGUGCUAAUGGAACACCUUCACAAUGUUGUAGCAGAAUUGAAAUCAGGACAACAAGUGGAUUUAAAACAUCUAUUUGAAAAUUUUCUCAAAGUAUCUUUGUGGGGGAACAAAUGUGACCUGUCCAUAUCUGCUGGUCAAGAUGUGGCACAGACAUCCUCACCUCUUGAUCAGCUACAAAUGUUUGAACCUAACAUCCUAGUAGACAACUCAGAAGCAGUGUUAACUUGCCUACAACGAAUCAAGGUCACUAAAGGUCAUCCUGCCUGUGUUGACAUCAUUCUGGAUAAUGCAGGGUUUGAAUUGAUGACAGAUCUUUGUUUUGCUGAAUUUCUCAUCGCUUCAAGUCUAGCAUCGAAGAUCUGCUUCCAUGUGAAAGCAAUGCCAUGGUUUGUUUCAGAUGUGACUACCUAUGAUUUCAAUUGGACAAUCAAUCAGCUAUGCGCCUCAAAUAAUACACACAUGUCCAAGUUUGCCAAUAUAUGGAAGCAAUACUUAGAGGAUAAAACCUGGCAAGUUAGUGUGGAUGACUUUUGGACUUUGUCUUUUCCGUUUAAUGAAAUGGAAACACGUUGUCCAGAUCUCCAUGCACGGCUGGCCAUAAGCGAUUUUUUAUUUCUCAAAGGGGAUUUAAACUACAGAAAGCUGGUAGGAGAUCUUGCCUGGCCAUUCACUACACCAUUCCAUGUGAGUCUGAGGGGUUUCCAGCCUGCUCCUCUGUGUACUCUAAGGACCCUAAAGUGUGACACAGUGACGGGGCUGAGGGACGGUCAGGCAGAUGAAGUCAAGGCCAAGGAUGAGAAGUGGAUGAUCAAUGGAAAUUGGGCUGUGAUCUCUUUCUCUGACAAACUGUCCUAGCAUGUAAAUUAUCUCAAGCCUUCCCUAUGUUAGGUCUUAAUCCUAUGUCAAAAAUGACUUUAGACAUUCAGAUUUUGCUGGUUUGACUAACCUGAUGUCUUUUGUCAUUCUGUAGACAUUUUCAAAUGAUAAAUUGAUAUGACUGAAUUGUGAUUGGGACAUCCAAAAUGUGAUAUCUUACAACCGAUACAUUGUGUUGCUCAAUGCACUGCAUGUACAGAGAUUUAUUUUAAACAUUACUGGUGUCUGCUAAUAAUUCCUUUCUUUGUUUAAAUAUAAUAAUUUUUUUUGCAUGUUUUUUUUGCUUUACUUGUAAGACUGCUUUCUAAAGCUAUGAAAAGUGUCUCCUCCAAAAGAAGUGAAUGGGAACGUUUUCAUGGUAAUGACUGGUACUGUCGGAGUCAACCUGACAUUCUUUAGCAAUAUCGGUGUUUUAUCAAGUUCUGAAUACAAAAGUAAA